UUGACGUCAGUGGGGAGUUAAUUUUAAAUCGGUACAAGAUGGCGGAGGGGGACGAGGCAGCGCGACGGCAGCAGCCGCCCCAGGGGCUGAGGCGCCGGCGACAGACCAGCGACGCGAGUGUCGGGGUUAACCACGUCUCGUCCACGACCUCCCUAGGUGAGGAUUACGAAGAUGAUGACCUAGUAAACUCAGAUGAGGUUAUGAAGAAACCAUGCCCAGUACAGAUUGUUCUUGCUCAUGAAGAUGACCAUAACUUUGAGCUUGAUGAAGAGGCUUUGGAGCAGAUAUUGCUACAGGAGCACAUACGGGAUCUUAACAUAGUUGUGGUAUCUGUGGCAGGAGCUUUUCGGAAAGGGAAAUCAUUUCUCCUGGACUUCAUGCUUAGAUAUAUGUAUAACAAGGAUUCUCAAAGUUGGAUUGGUGGAAACAAUGAACCAUUGACUGGCUUUACAUGGCGAGGUGGUUGUGAAAGAGAAACAACAGGCAUACAAGUUUGGAAUGAAGUAUUUGUGAUUGACAGACCUGAUGGAACAAAAGUGGCUGUGCUGCUAAUGGAUACCCAGGGUGCCUUUGAUAGCCAGUCAACCAUUAAAGACUGUGCGACAGUGUUUGCUCUGAGCACUAUGACUAGCUCUGUCCAGGUAUAUAAUUUGUCUCAGAAUAUUCAAGAAGAUGAUCUUCAACACUUACAAUUAUUUACAGAGUAUGGAAGACUUGCAAUGGAAGAGAUCUACCAGAAGCCAUUUCAAAUGUUAAUGUUUUUGAUUCGAGAUUGGAGUUAUCCUUAUGAACAUUCGUAUGGUUUGGAAGGUGGAAAACAGUUCCUUGAAAAGAGACUGCAGGUAAAACAAAAUCAGCACGAAGAACUACAGAAUGUCAGGAAGCACAUCCACAAUUGUUUCUCAAAUCUUGGUUGCUUUCUUCUACCACAUCCUGGUCUUAAAGUUGCCACAAACCCUAGUUUUGAUGGACGACUGAAAGAUAUUGAUGACGACUUUAAACGGGAGCUUCGAAAUCUGGUUCCAUUGCUGCUUGCUCCUGAAAAUCUUGUUGAGAAGGAGAUAAGUGGAUCUAAAGUCACUUGUAGAGAUCUUGUAGAAUAUUUUAAGGCAUACAUUAAAAUAUAUCAAGGAGAGGAACUGCCACAUCCAAAAUCCAUGCUUCAGGCAACAGCUGAGGCUAAUAACCUUGCUGCAGUAGCGGGAGCAAGAGACAUCUAUUGUAAAAGUAUGGAGCAGGUAUGUGGUGGUGAUAAGCCUUACAUUGCACCUUCAGAUUUGGAGCGAAAACACUUGGAUCUCAAGGAAGUGGCGCUUAAACAGUUUCGUUCUGUGAAAAAAAUGGGUGGAGAUGAAUUCUGCCGUCGGUAUCAGGACCAGCUUGAAGCUGAAAUUGAAGAAACCUAUGCAAAUUUUAUAAAGCACAAUGAUGGCAAAAAUAUCUUCUAUGCUGCUCGUACCCCUGCCACACUGUUCGCAGUCAUGUUUGCUAUGUAUAUAAUCUCAGGACUGACUGGCUUCAUUGGCCUAAACUCUAUAGCCGUCUUAUGCAACCUUGUCAUGGGGCUAGCACUGACGUCCCUUUGUACGUGGGCAUAUGUUAAGUACUCUGGGGAGUUCAGAGAAAUUGGAACAAUGAUUGAUCAGAUUGCUGAAACACUAUGGGAACAGGUAUUGAAGCCCCUGGGUGAUAAUUUGAUGGAGGAAAACAUAAGGCAGUCUGUAACAAACUCUAUCAAAGCAGGCCUGACUGACCAGGUGUCUCAUCAUGCCCGAUUAAAGACAGACUGACAGUUCAUCUCCUCAUGGACUCCACUCUCCCUUUUUUUUCAUGCUUGCUGUACAAUGAGAACUCAAAUAAAAAUAAACCAAAGUUUACAAUCAACUGUAGAAGUAGUUUAGUAUAACUGGCUUCACAGAUGGCUGCCACAGAGUGUGAACCUUGUUUGUUGGUUUUCAGCCUUCUUUUGAUGUCUCCUUAGACCCGGAGAUUGGCUGAGGAGCAUUAGUUUAUCAUGCACAUUUGUGCCAUGUUUAAUUCUUCUCUUUCUUUUUACUGAAUUUAAUGUUAGUGAAAUUUGUCUUAUGUAAAAGGAUAUUUCAGGGAAAUAUUUUAAGAAAUCUAUUUAGAGUCUCUUUAAUAUAGUGUCCCAUUGAAGUUUUAAUUUUUAGAGAAUUUAUGAAUCACUGUAUCAAGAAUCAGAUCAGAUUGACAAUGAAGCCUUUAUUGAGCCACUACAUUAAAAGUGUAUAUUGCUUUACUGCCUUCAAUGCCAGUAUUACAUAAAUGCAUGUAUCAGAAACUUCACAGAAAUCACAUGACAACUCUUGUAGCUAAGAAGGUAACUCUGAGGUGUACAUUUGUCUUGCCUUUUUAAACUUGUAAACCUGCCCUGAAAGGAGAUGCAUUAUCUGGGAAACUGAACUGUCUUCUUACAGUUUAGCCUUCAUGUACAUAAAAUAUGCCAUUAAUUUUAUUGGGGGAGAAAUUCCAUCCAAAAUGUUGCCUACAGCUAUGAGUUAAGAGUGUCUGUACAGUGUGUAGCUUUUAUUUUCUAAAAAUCACAGGUAGGGCAUGUAUAUGAAUUAUAAAUAUAUAAAUACAAUUUUGUAUUAAAAGUUUUGUAGUUUAUGGCAAAAUCUGGUUCUGUGGUAGGCUAAUAAGUACAGUCCCCGUGAAAGGAAUGUUUGUGGCUCAUGUCAGUGUGUGAAUGCAUAGACAAUUUGAAGUUUUGAUAUAUUUGUGAUAUUUAUCUUCCUUGAGCACUGCAGUCUCACCCCCCAAGAGAAUUCAAUGGGAAUGUUUUAUUGUGACUUGUCCUCUGUUGCAUUUUAAAGUUAUUUCCUGUAAUUUAUUUUCAGUACAUAAUUAAAAAUUUGUUGUAUAUAUAAAAUGAAA